AUGAACAAGCGGAGUUUGUACGAAAACUUCAAGAAACUAUACAAUCAUCUGCAUGGGGUAAAGAAGGUUUCGAAUUUUCAGGUCACUGGGACGUUGACUCCCCUGGAGUUUGUGGAGGCGGGGGAUGAGUUGGUGCAGAAGAUGCCUGUGUGGGCGUGGGCCGAGGGAGAAGAAAGCAUUCAGCCCUUUCUUCCACCAAAGAAAAAGUACCUGGUGUACCGUGGGGCGCCGUGCUAUCAGCGAGCCCCGGAUGUCCACCAACUCGAAGAGAACGACUUGGAAGGCGAAGACGGCUGGGUGACCACGCACGCUGAGCGCCAUCCCGGCAAGCCUGUCGUCAUGGCCCCUGAGAAAACGGUCAACUGGGACGAAGAGGAUGACGAGGAUGAGGAUCAUGCAGAGGACGCCGGGGAGCGUAAGUGUCGCUUGUACGAUGUGUAUAUGGUGUAUGAUCAAUACUACCAAACCCCACGCAUCUUUCUUAUUGGCUACGCCGAGGAUCACGCCACGCUGCUUAGCAAGGAGGAGAUGAUGCAGGACGUAUAUGCGGCAAACAGAGAAAAAACUGUUUCUAUUGACCCUCAUCCCUUCCUAAAGACGGCAUGCAUCAGCAUUCACCCUUGCCGUCAUGCCGAGACGAUGAAGCGUUUGAUUCAGCACAUGAAAACGCGUUAUGAAGCGGGCCAGACCCGCGAUUCAGAAAAGGAUACUUUUGUUUUCCCCACUCAUAUGGCAUUUUUCUUUUUCUUAAAUUUAUUUCGUCCGUUGUGCCGACUAUCGAGUACGACCUUUCCACUAGCAUUGAUGUAUAGACGAAGGCGCGAGCGAGAAAAGAAGGAAAGCUUCGGUAGACUCUUCACUUCCUUCCCUUUCCCCUGUUGCGGGGUGGCUGUGGCAUGCCCACUUGGCGGCUGGCAAAACCACACGCGCGCCAGCGAGCAUCUGUCGAUGAUGGCGGGAAAGGGGAAGCGUAUUAACCGCCUCCUUUUUUUUUUGCUGUGGCUUGUGUCAACGACCCCCCACUGUUGUUUGUUGUUCUUUUCGGUGGUACCCAGUUCAAGAACGCCGCAGGCAGCGAGGGCAGGGGGCGGAAAAGGGAACUGCCGCUCUUCCAACCUCGCCGUUGUCUUGCGAAAACGCCGUGGCCUCCCUCCCUUUAUUUCCCUCUUCGCGCUUCCCUCUUUUCUUCGCACUUUUAUGCGGCACACACGAUAG